AUGUCCAGUGCCGAGACCAUCGCCCGCGACGCCAACCAGGCGUUCGGGGUGCUUAAGACGUUGUCUAACGACCAGAGAUCGGACGCAUUGCAACAGAUCCACGAUGCGCUUGCCCUGGCCAAAAGCGAUAUCCUCGCCGCUAACAAGAUCGAUAUGGAUAACGCCAAAUCGCAACAGUUAUCGCCGCUGUUGAUCAAGAGACUUGAUUUGAACAACCCGGGUAAGUUUGAUGCCAUGCUCCAAGGGAUCUUGGACGUGAAGAAUUUGCCGGACCCUGUGGGCAAAGUGACGUUCGCCUCCAAGUUGGACGACGGCCUUGAAUUGUACCGUCUUACUGCUCCCAUUGGUGUCUUGCUCAUUAUCUUUGAAGCCCGCCCUGAAGUCAUUGCCAACAUCACUGCUCUUGCCGUGAAGCUGGGUAACGCUGCUAUCCUCAAAGGUGGUAAGGAAUCGUACCAAACCUUCAAAGCUAUGAGUGAAGUGGUGUCGCUGACCCUCGAUAAAAAGACUGACGUGCCCGCUGCUGCCAUUCAACUUAUCCAAUCGAGAGAAGAUGUCGCUGACUUACUUAAUCAAGACAAGUACAUUGACCUUGUCAUUCCUCGUGGUUCUAACGAAUUGGUCCGCAAUAUUAAGGAAAACACCAAGAUCCCCGUGUUGGGUCAUGCCGAUGGUAUUUGUUCUAUCUACGUUGAUGAUGAAUUCGACCCUACUAAAGCGCUGCGGAUCGUCGUUGACGCUAAGACUAACUACCCCGCUGGCUGCAAUGCCGUGGAACAAUUGCUUAUCAACAAGAACAUCGACAGGCAAGCCAUCACUAACCUCCUCCAACUGUUGGUGGACGCUAAGGUGACGUUACACGUCACCCCGGCCGUGAAGCCCUACACCGAACUGUUAGACCAGCAAUACGUUAAAGACGCUGAAGCCGAUGCUUUCGACAAGGAAUGGCUUUCGUUCGAUAUCUCCGUCGACUUGAUUGACGAUGUCGACACUGCCAUUAACCACAUCAACGCUCACUCGUCCAAACACACUGAAGCCAUCAUCACUGAAAAUGAAGCCCGCGCUCAAAAGUUCAUGAAGGGCAUUGACUCUUCCGGUGUCUACUGGAACGCCUCAACCAGAUUUGCUGAUGGUUUCCGCUACGGUUUCGGUACUGAGGUGGGGAUUCUGACUAAUAAGAUCCACGCUCGUGGCCCCGUGGGUCUCGAAGGGUUGAUGAGUUACCAGUACCAGUUACGGGGUAACGGCCACAUUGUUGGUGAAUUUGUUGGUGGUGGCGGUGACAAGCCCUUCUUGCACCAAUCGAUCCCCUUCUAA